AUGCUCCUCCUCUCGCUGGCCGCCGUCUCGUUCGCACGUUUUGCCCGACACCCUCCGGCCCUCUCUCCGAGGAGGCUCGGCACUCCCGCGCUCAGCGAUGGCGGCGACGAGGCGGCCAUCGACCGCCAGAUGGCCGAGAUUGGCGCCCCUGCCCUCGUCGGGCUGUCCAUCGAGCCCGUCGCCAGCCUCGUGGACACCGCCUUCGUCGGCCGCUGCUGCGCCACAGCCGACCUCGCCGGCGUGGGCAUCGGCGUGGGCAUUUUCAACCUCGUCGCCAAAGCCUUCAACUUCCUUUCGCCCGCCACGACGUCGCUCGUCGCCGCUGCGUCGCCAGAGUCCGAGCCGGGCGAGUUCACCACUCCCAUGCUUCAGGCCGUCUCGGCCUCCCUCGCAGUGGCCUCCGUGGCCGGCCUCGGCAUCGCCGCCGCCCUCACCCUCGGCGCCGGCCGCCUCCUCAACACGCUCGGCAUCGCCGCGGGCAGCCCGAUGCGCCCCUCGGCGGUGGCGUACCUUCUGCUGCGAGGCCUGUCGGCGCCAGCCUCGCUCGGCCUCUGCUGCAUCCAGGGCGCCUUUCGCGGCGCGCGCGACACGAGGACGCCGCUGCUCGGCCUCGCCACCGUCACCGCAGUCAACGUCGCCCUCGACGCCGCCUUCAUCCCCGCGCGCGCCCUCGGCUGGGGCGCCGCCGGCGCUGCGGGCGCCACUGCGGCGGCUCAGUACGCCGGCGCCGCCGUGAUGCUCCGCCAGCUGCUGCGGCGGUGCGGCGAGUCGUCGCUGCAGCUGCCUCGGCGGCGCGACGUGGUGCGGCUGCUCUCGUCCGGCUCCGUGCUCACGCUGCGCACCCUCGCGGUCCUCGGCACGAUCUCGUACUCUUCGCUCCUCGCUGCCCGGGUCGGCGCGGCCUCCGGCGCCGCGCACCAAGUCUGCCUCCAGCUCUGGCUCGCGGCCUCCCUCCUCGCCGACGCGGUCGCCAUCGCGGCGCAAGCGCUGCUCGCCAACGUCGCCGCCGCGAGGCGCACCAGCGCCGCCCGGACCGUGGUGCAGCGCACGCUGCGCGCCGGCUGCGCCACCGGCUUGGGCACCGCAGCGGCCCUGAGUAUCGGCGGGCGCAGCCUCUUCCGCCUCUUCGCGGCGGACCCCGCCGUCCUCGCGGCUGCGGCCGCCGCCUGGCCGGCUGUCGUCGCGUAUUCCGGGCGGCGCUGGCCUAGGCUCCUCUUCGGCGCGAGCGACUAUGGCUUCUGCGCCGUCGGCAUGCUUCUCUCCGCCGCCCCAGCCGCGGCAGCCAUGCGGUGGCUCGCGCCCCGGUGGGGUCUGCCGGGCGUGUGGGCCGGACUCGGCGUGCUGAUGGGCAUGCGCACUCUCCUCGCGGCCGCCCGCAUCGCCAGCCGCACCGGCCCGUGGCGCGGGCUCCUCGGCGACCCGCGCGCAGAGCGACGCGCGUCGGUGGCGCGCCGAAUGGCGGGGGAAGCGGCCGCGGCCGCCGAGGCGGCGGAAGAGGCAGUGCGGGCUGCGAUGGCGGAGGCCGCUGCCGCCGCCGCAGCAGCCGAAGACGCGUCGGCGGCGGAGCAGCGCGCAGCUUUCGACGCGGAUGCGGCAGCCGCAGCCGCAGCGAGCACGGCGUGGCAGUUUGCUGCGAGCGCCGCCGCAAUGGAAGAGGCGACGGCCGCUGCAGAGGCGGUGCCUCCCCUCUCCCCGGAGGAGGAGGAGGAGUGGAAGCGGGCGCAAAUGGAGACGAGGCCGUGA